CCGUUCUGGUGCCCCGCCUCCGCGGCGGCAGGGGAAGCGGGGGGGCCGGGACCGCUUCACGCCGCCCUUGGCGGAGGCCGCGUCGCCGCCACGGGCUGUUAUCGAGAAACUGCCAGACAGUUCCUAGCUGGCUUGCUGCAGGCUCCAAGGAACGCUUAAUUGAAGGCAGUGCCUAGUGAUUCAAGCUCCACGGUGAGAGAGCCUUGAGCUCUAGGUGAACCUACAGUCUAAACAGGUAUAAAUGGCACGCUUCCCAUCAUGGUGAAUGAGAGGUGUAAUGGCAACCUGCUCGUGUCCCUGGGACCCAAACUGCAGGCCUACCCAGAGCAGCUGCUGCGGCAGCGGCGAGGCCACGAUGGGCAGCCCGAGUACCUGAUCCAGUGGAGAAUCAUCAGCCUGGAGGAGAGAGCAGCGGGCGGCAGCAGCGCCUCCUCUGCAGAGACCAAGCCGGAGAACAUCUCCAUGUGGAUGUCUGCAGAAGAGGUCUGUGCCAGCUGCCUGGCGCUGCUGGGCCAGAGGAAGCUGGAAGGGCAGUGUGUGACAGGGGAGAAGGCAGCCGGCCCGUCUGCUGCAGAUGUCCUGGGGGAUGAAGCCUCGCUGCUGGAGAUGAAGGCUGAUGUCAGGAGCCUGGUGCAGCGAGCUGGCCGGCAGAUGGCUGAGUCCAGGGCCCCCGAGUCCUCCAUCCUCAACAUCAUCCACGUGCUGAGCGCGUACGCCAGCAUUGGCUCGCUGGUGGGUGCCUUCAAGGAGACGGGAGCCCUCGACUUGCUGAUGAAGAUGCUGUGCCACAAGGACAAGCAAAUCCGCCGCAGUGCCGGCAAGAUGCUGAGGGCCCUGGCUUCGCAUGAUGCGGGGAGCCGGGCCUAUGUCCUGCUGUCCCUGAGCCAGCAGGAUGGCAUUGAGCACCACAUGGACUUUGAUAGUCGCUACACCUUGCUGGAGCUGUUUGCUGAAACGAUGUCCUCUGAAGAGCACUGCAUGUCCUUUGAGGGGAUUCACCUUCCCCAGAUCCCUGGGAAGCUGCUGUUUAUCCUGGUGAAGCGCUACCUGUGCGUCACUUCUCUCCUGGACAAGCUCAGCAGUGGCGUGGAGCAGGGAGGGGAGCAGCAGGCCUGCACUGUGCCCAGCCCGCUCCCUGAGGACAAGAGCCGUGUGAAGCAGGAGUUUGAGUUCAGCAUGGCCAUGGCAAACCUCAUCUCGGAGCUGGUGCACGUGAUGGGCUGGGGCCACAGCCACAAGCCAGAGCCACCGCCCCGGCAGGAGCCGCAGCCUCGCACCACCCGCUCCAUCUUCCAGCACAGGGCCACAUCCUGCACUGCCGCUCAAGCAGCCCCCGCUCCCGCACCAAAGGAGCCCGUCGUCUUCAAGACGCGCUCGGCCUUCCCGAGCCGCAGCAGCUAUGUGGAGUACGUGCAGGCGCGGCUGGUGCGGGGCAUGCGGGUGCGCAUGCUGGAGGACUACGAGCAGGUCAGCGCGGGCGACGAGGGCGACUUCCGCCAGAGCAACGACGGCACGCCGCCCGUGCAGGUGUACUGGCAAGCCCUGGGCUGUACGUACUGGGUUCACUGGCACAUGGUGGAGAUCAUUGGUCCUUCAAGGCAAGAGGAGCAUGAGGGCCAGGAGAAGGUGUCCGCCCUGGCACACAACUGCAAACCAGCAGCAGUUGCACAGCCGUUUUUCUGCAAGCCCUCUGGGGGGCUGUACUCCCUGCCUUACCUGGGGGAGCAGUCAGCCAAGGCUGCAGAGGCCCUGAGCCGGGCCGAGUGGUGGGAGCUGCUUUUCUUCGUGAAGAAGCUGGAGGCGCAGGAGCAGAAGGAGGUCAUGUGUAUCAUCCAGCAGGAGCAGGGAGAGCAGCUGCCGGAGGGGGAUGAAGAAGCCCUGAUCCAGCUGUCGGUACCUGUGGAGCUGGCCCAAAAGGUGCUGCACGUCUUGGAGAGGCGUUGCCAGGGCAGCGCUCAGCGUGACCUGCGCGGCUCCCACGUCUACGCCAAGUACUCCCUCAGCAGGGAGGCCGAGCAGGAUGGCGACCGGAGCACUGCGGUGUCCUCGGAGGGUGCUGGCUGCAGGAGCCCUGAAGCCACGGUGGCCGAGGCACCAAAGGAAGACCUGUCCACAGCUCCAGUGCUGCCCCAAGCCCCUGCUGUGGCAGUGAAGUCGGAUUCUCAGCUGUACAGCGAGCUCCUGGAGAGGGAAGGAGUGUCCCUCCCAGAGGUGACGGAGGAGCAGAGCGAAGCGCUGGGCAGCUCCGAGGGGCUGAGCGAGAGGGGCUCGCUGGCCAAGAUUGCAGCCACGGUGGAUGUGAUCCAGAGCAGCAGCUCCGAGCUGGGGCUGCGCUUGGCAGGGCUUAAGCACAUCCUGAAGAUCCUGGAGGAGGAGCCCGAGCAGCAAGGCAGCAAAGCCCAGAGCGGACUGGGGACCAGGAGUGUUGGGGAGAAGUUGGUGAAGGUGGCAGUGGAGCUGCUGGGCACGGAGGCGGCAGAGAAGGCCGUGGUGGUGGUGACGCUGCGUCUGCUGGCCGUGCUCAUGGCCAAGCACGACUGGCGCGUGACGUUCGCCAUGGAGGGCGGCGUGCGGGCCGUGCUGGCCUGCAUGCAGCAGCACGCCUCCUCCGCUCUGGUGCAGCAGGCUGGCCUGGCAGCCCUGAAGGUGCUGGUGGGAGCUGUGGCCGGCGAGCCAGGAGGUGCUGGUGGGAAACUCUUGCCCCUGAAGCAGGCUGACGCGCAGCUGAUUCGGGAGAUCUUUGCCAGCAUCGGCUCUGCCUCCAGCAAGGGCUCGGCGAGCCUGCUGAGUGCCAUCCCUGCUGCCCUGAGCACCAUGCAGAGCGUCCCCGGGGGCUCCUCGGGUGUGCAGAACGGCUUGCUGGUGGUGAACAUGCUGAUCGACGGCCACCGGGGCCUGGCGGAGCAGCUGGCGAGCUGCGAUCUCCCCGCGGUGCUGCAGAGCUGCUGGAGGGACGGGCAGAGCCCCGGCUGCCCUCACGCGACGCUGGCCCUGGGCGCCAUCAACCGCCUGGCGGAGCACGGGCUGCCCCUGGGCCCGCAGACCGCAGGCAGAGAGGCACCGCUGGACCUGGGGGACGUGCGGAGGCUUCUGAGCGGGCUGGGGGACGGCGUCUUGUCCAAGGACGUGGUGGUGGCCCUGGAGCGGCAGCUCUGCGGCGAAGGCCCCGUCCCCUCUGGCGCGGCGGCCUGGCUGCUGCAGGACCACCGAUGCUUCCGGCCGCUGCUGCGCAGCUUCGAGCUGCUGGGGGCAGAGAAGGGCGUGAGCCUGAGCAUCCUCAGGAUCCUGAACAAGAUCCUGGAUGGUUACCAGGAGGAUGUGCUGCCCUGGCACGAGUGUGUGGAGCCCUGUGUGUCCUCCCUGAGUGCCCACAGCAGCGACCGGGAGGUGCUGCAGGAGGUCGUUGGCUUCCUGCACCGCCUGGCCACCACCAGCAAGGACUGCGCCGUGGUGAUGUGCUGUGUGGGCACCCACGAGGCUCUGUCCAAAGCCCUGAACAAGCACAGCACGGCCCCGCCGCUGGCGCCAGCCCUGCUCGCCCUGGUGGGUGACUGCGAGAAGCACGCUGACAUCUCCAAGAAGCUGAUGACCAGCAUCUUGGCUGGCUGCAUCCAGCUGGUGCUGGGGCAGAUUGAGGAGCAUCGCCGGAGCCACCAUCCCAUCAGCAUCCCCUUGUUCGAUGUCUUUCUGCACAACCUGUGCCGGGGCUCCAGCAUGGAGGUGAAGGAGGAGAGGUGCUGGGAGAAGGUGGAGGUCUCUUCCAACCCCCACAGGGCCAGCAAGCUUACAGACAGGAACCCCAAGACCUAUUGGCAGUCGAACUCCAGCAGUGGUUCCCACUUCAUCACUGUGCACAUGCAGUGUGGUGUGGUGGUCAGGGAGAUGAGCAUGCUGGUGGCCAGCGAGGACUCCAGCUACAUGCCGGCCCGUGUUGUGGUGCUGGGGGGAGACAGCCCUGCCACCGUCAGAACCGAGCUCAAUGCGGUGACCAUCCUGCCCUCAGACAGCAGAGUGAUCCUGCUGGAGAACAUGAGCCGCUUCUGGCCCGUCAUCCAGAUCCGGGUGAAGCGGUGCCAGCAGGGCGGCAUUGACACCCGUGUGCGUGGCAUCGAGGUGCUGGGUCCAAAGCCCACUUUCUGGCCCAUCUUCAAGGAGAAGCUGUGCCAGCGGACGUUCCUCUCCUGCACUGCUCGGACUCAUGCCUGGUGCCAGGAGAUCUGUCGGGACCGGGGGCGACUGCUGCAGCUCUUUGGCAGGCUGAACCGGGCGCUGCGGCACGAGCAGAGCUUCGCCAACCGCUUCCUCCCUGACAAUGAGGCGGCGCGGGCCUUGGGCAGGACGUGCUGGGAGGCCCUGGUGACCCCGUUGGUGCAGAGCAUCACCAGCCCAGACCCUGACGGCGUCAGCCCCCUGGCCUGGCUGCUGAGCCAGUACCUGGAGAGCGUGGAGCCGCCCUGCUGCACCAGGAGCCCUGGUGCUGCCUUUGGUUCCCGUGUGCGGCGCCUGACCCAGCUCCUGGUGCACGUGGACCCCGGUGGCUGGGAGCCGGAGGAGGCGAGAGCAGCUGGUGGGAAGGAGGGGAAGAACAAGGAGGCACCGGCCAGGCCUGCGAAGGUGGUGGUGGAGAAGUCAAGCAGCCUGUGGGGCAUCUCGCAGUGCUGGCGUGGCGUGGUGCAGCAGCAGGUGCAGCGGUUCCUGGAGGCAGCCGGGCAGGCGCCUGACCUCGUGGAGCGAUACUGCGGGCUGUACCAGCGCCUGCGCGGCGCCACGGAGGAGCUCUUUGGGCAGCAGGCUGCCUUUGCGCUGGCCCUGGGCCAGGGCUUCGCAGGGGCUUUGCUGCAGCUCUCCUUCCUUACUGCCCUGCACGUCAGUGAGCAGUUUGCCCGCUACCUGGACAGGCAGAUCCAGGAGCUCCGCGGGGCUGUGGGCAGCACAGGGCCGCUGCAGCAGAUCCUGGAGCCCUUUGUUGUCUUCAGUGGCCUGGAGCUCGCCCACUCCUUCGAGCACUUCUACCGGCACUACCUGGGCGACCGGCUCCUGGUGCAAGGGCCAUCGUGGCUGGAAGGAGCCGUCGUGGAGCAGAUCGGGCUGUGCUUCCCCAGCCGCUUCCCCCAAGACAUGCUGAGCAACCUGGCCGAGUCGGAGGAGCUGCAGCGGCAGUUUCGCCUCUACCAGCUGCAGGAGCAGGACAAGCGGCUGCUGGAGCUGGACAUGGGCCUGGACGAGGCACUGGGGACGGCCUCGGUGGCGGAUGUGCCGGAGGUGACGGUGCUGGCCCUGUCCCCGCGCUGCUGGCCUGUUUCGCCGCUCUGCCACAUGGACCGGCCCCGGCGGUUGUUCUCGGCGGCGCUGAGCUGUCCCCUGGACGAGUUUGCCGACUUCUGCAGGCGCAGCCAGAGCCGGCUGGGCUGGGAGUGCACAAAGCCCUGGCGGUUGCAGUGGACAUGGCUGGGCCACGCCGAGCUGCAGUUUGGAGACUGCGUCCUCCACGUAUCCACGCUGCAGAUGUACAUCCUGCUGUGCUUCAACAGUGCUGAGGAGGUGGCUGUGGAGGCCUUGCUGCAGGUCACAGGGCUCCCUGCUGACCUGGUGCACCACGCCCUGGCACCGCUGACCCACGGCGAGGGCGUCCUGGUGUGGAGCCGCCCAGCGGGAGCUCCAGGCACGCUGCGGCUGAACCAGGCAGCCCUGGCCCAUGCCUCUGGCCGCCACCUGAGGCUGCUGCCCCAGCAGAGGUACCUGCGGGUGGAGAGGGCUGAGGUCAGCGCCCUGGAAAGGAAGAGGAACAUCCUCUGCUGCCUCAUCACCCGCAUCCUCAAGGUGGAGAAGCAGCUCCACAUCGACAACCUGGUGUUCAGGGUGAUUGAUGCCUGUCAGAAGGGCGAGCUGGGGCCAGGGCUGCAGUUCCUGAGCUUCUGCUGCCACAGCGUGGACGUGCUGUCCUGUGUGCUGCACCUGCUGAACCAGGGCUAUCUGCGGCGCCAGGAGGAGAGGCCUCAUGUCUUGGAAUACAUCUCUGCUGAACCUGUAACCCCUCCUGGGGGCCAGGCACAGAUGGCUUUCCAGAGCAGGCCACCGGAGGCAUCUUCAGAUGAGGACAGCUUAGACUGCCUGUCUCGGUUGAACCCUAGCAUUGGCAGUUCGGAGGAGUUUCUCAUGGCAGUGCUGCAGGUGCCAAGGGGGCACACGCUUAGUCCAGAGGAGGCAAAGCUGCUCAUGAACCAGACAGUACAACAGGUUCAGGAUGUUCUGAGCAUCCCAGAUGAUGUUGCACGGCACCUCCUCAUGCACUGCAGGUGGAAUGUGGAUUUCCUGAUCCAGUGCUAUAUGGAGAACCGUGAGACCCUCCUUAUCUCCUCGGGGCUGCAAGUGCAGGAUGCCCAGCCCCCUCCAAGCCCAGGGACCCACUGCCCAGUCUGUGUGAACCAGCUGUGUCCCACUGAAAAGCCACCAACCCUCUGCUGCAUGCACUACUGUUGCAAGCCCUGUUGGAGUGAGUAUCUCACAACUCGCAUUGAGCAGAAUAUGGUUGUCAACUGCACCUGUCCCAUAUCUGAUUGCCAUGCACAGCCGACUACAGCUUUCAUUUGUUCCAUUGUUUCCUCGGAGGAGAUUAUAGCCAAGUAUGAAAAAGCCCUCCUCAGAGGCUAUGUUGAGUGUUGCUCCAACCUGACAUGGUGCACCAACCCUCAGGGCUGUGAUCAGAUCCUCCUUAAGGAUGGAUUUGGCUAUGGGGCAGCCUGUUCCAAGUGUUCCUGGAUAUCCUGCUUUAACUGCAACUUCCCAGAGGCCCAUUAUCCUGCGAGCUGCAGCCACAUGUCUCAGUGGGUGGAUGAUGAUGGGUACUACGAGGGAAUGACAAGUGAAGCCCAAAGCAAACAUCUGGCUAAGCUCAUUUCAAAGCACUGCCCAAGCUGCCAGGCUCAGAUAGAGAAAAAUGAGGGGUGCCUGCAUAUGACAUGUGCAAAGUGUAAUCAUGGCUUUUGUUGGCGUUGCCUCAAGCCCUGGAGACCGACUCAUAAGGAUUAUUACAACUGCUCUGCUAUGGUGAGUAAAGCAGCUUGGCAGGAGAAGCGUUUCCAGGAUUACAAUGAGAGAUGCACUUUUCAUCAUCAUGCAAGGGAAUUUGCCAUGAAUCUGAGGAACAGCAUUUUUUCCAUCAGGGAGAUGCCAAAAAUUAGGACUUUGACCUUUGUUCUUGAUGCCUGCAAAGUGCUAGAACAGGCACGGAAGGUGCUGGCCUACUCGUGUGUGUACAGCUACUACAACCAGGACACUGAGAGCAUGGAUAUUGUGAAAGAGCAGACCGAGAGCUUAGAGCUGCACACUAAUGCUCUGCAGAUCCUUCUGGAGGAAACCUUGCUGCAGUACCAGGACCUGGCCUCUUCUCUUCAGCUCCUGAAAGCAGAGCAUUUCAAGGCUGGUUUGGAGUUGGUACACCAGAUCAAGGAGCGUCUCUUUGCAAUUCUCUGGCACUCCACACAGGAUUUCCAUGUUGGGCUCCAGACUUCGUCAGAUCCUGAUCAGAGAAAGGUGAAACUCUCAAAUGUGCCUGCUUCAGGCCCUGCCUGUGUAGGGCCAAAAUGUACCAUCUUAUGUGAUGACUCCAACAAAGAUGAAGGUGACAAAGAGGUUGAAUAUGAGGAGUAUGAAGAUGAGGAAGACUAUGAUGAUGAUGAUGACCUUGAUGAAGACAACUUUCUGUUCGGUGAUGAAUCGGAUAACCUUGAUUGUGACUCCUACUUUGAUGAUGAUGCCUAUGACUAGAAGCCACCCAGGCUGGACCUCUGCCUCUACCCUGACUCAACCUGUUUGUAUUAGUGUCUUUCCUCAAGGACAGGAACUCUCAGGUGGAACCAAGAAACAUUUCCUCUGAGGGCUACUUGUUUGGUGAUGUGCAGAAACAUUGCUCUGGACAGACAGGCUGUUACUGUGGCCACCUCUCAGAAAGAUGUCUCCUUGCCUUUCUCCCUUGUCUCAAUUUCUGCCCAUAGGUAUCUAAUUGAGUUAGAAGGUCACAGUCCAGCUGCAUCGUGAGGACUACUUGCUUCCUGCUAAAGGACUGUUUCGUGUCCUGGGGAGUGCUUUCCCCAAGGACUAGGCACAGGUGAGUGUGGCAUGUUGUCCUAGUAUCACACUGUCUAAUCCAGCCACUGUCUAGAAAUACUGUAAAGCAAUGUGUUUACACUCAAGUCAAAGCCUCCCAUCUGGAGCUGGUGGGAUUCCCUCCAGAGCCGCAAUGGAUGAGGUUCAGUGCAUUCCUCUUGGUGAUGAGGACAGCUUUUUUGCCGUUUAUGGAAGGAGUUGCCCUCCCUGCUGUGAAGCAGGAUGGGCUGCUACGAGUGGCACAAGUUUGCAGGACUGCUUUUAAGUGUAUAAAUAUACGCACGCACACAUAUAUCAAAUAUAUAUAUGCAGAGGUUGUUCAGA